AUGGCUGUCGCUCCGAAAUUCGCAGCUCAUGUGUUGAAUGCUCCGGCGGGUCCAGUACACACGUUGGAGCUCUACCUCGACUACGUCUGCCCUUUCUCCGCAAAGCUCUUCAACCGCAUCUACAAUGACGUCAAACCCCACGUCGAGCAGAAAUACCCCGGCAAGGUCCAGUUCAUAUUCAGACACCAACUGCAACCCUGGCACCCCAGCUCCACACUUGUACACGAAGCCGCCCUCGCCGUCGAACGUGCCGACCCCUCAAAAUUUUGGCAGUUCUCCGCAGCCCUGUUCCGUGACCAGACCUCGUAUUUCGACGUCAAUGUCGUGAACGAGACACGCAACCAGACCUACGGCCGUCUCGCUGCGCUCGCCGGUUCCAUAGGCGCCGACCAGAAGACCAUCUAUGACCUACUCAAGAUCGGGGAUACACCUGUGGACGGCGCUCUAAACACCGGUAACCAGGUAACGAAUGACUUGAAGCUGCAUGUGAAGGCGGCGCGACUGACAGGAGUCCAUGUGAGCCCCACCGUCAUAUUCAAUGGUAACGUCGAGAAUGCGAUUUCGAGUGGGUGGGAGCUGGGCCAAUGGGUCGAGUGGUUUGAGAAGAAUGUUGGUUAG